AUGAGUAAUCAAACAUUUACAUUAUCAGGAACUGCAAUAUAUUCAAAUGGAGAAAACAAUGCCACAAUUGUAUACUACUUCAACGAAAAUUCCAAAAAAUCAAAUUCAUUCAGUGUUGAAGUGGAUUCAAGUGGUAAAAAUUUCUCUAAUUCAAUCAAUCUUCCUAAUGAUUUACCAGAAUUCACUAAUACAAUUCAUUUAUAUUUAGAAAAAGAUACUUUAAAGAGCAGAUUAUAUAAUAUUUCAUUUGAGUACAUUUAUAUACAUCCUAACAUCAGUAUUGUUACAAUUCCUAAGCCAUCAUAUUUGAAGAAUACAGAUAACAACAUCACAGUUAAUGGAACUGUUUCGGAUCGUGGUGGUGAAGAUCAAAUUGAUAUAUAUUGCAAGUUUGAUAAUGAAAGUGAAAUUAAAAUGACAUCAGAACCAAUCGAAAUCAUUGAUCAAAAUGGAAAUUAUUCAUUUAAUUUCACAAUUCAAAUUCCAUCAUCAUUCCAAGAAGGAUCUCACAAAAUAUAUAUAUGGGCAGUUGAUUCUACUCUAAUAGAAUCAGAGCAUCUACAAUAUGAAUUUAUUUUCAAUCAUAACAGACCAUCUAUCUCUAUCACAACAAAUAACAAUCAAGAACUUCGACGCGGGGUCAACGAACAAAUUGAAAUCAAAGGAAACGUUACCGAUCUUGAUGGAAGUGAUAAAGUUUCAAUAAAAUACUAUUUUGAUGAUUCUCAUUCAGAUCUCCCUCUCCAAACGAUAACAAUUUAUAAUUCCUCAAAUCAUGAAUUCACUAAAAACAUCAACAUUCCAUCAUAUUUGAGUGAAGGUAUUCACAAAAUCACGAUUUAUUGCAUGGAUGAAGAUAUUAAGAUAUCAAAUGAAGAAACCAUCAAUUUCACAUAUAUAUUCAACAGUCUAUCUCUCAUUGUCAUCAAAGAACCGCAAUCAGUAUACCACAAUAAAGUUGAUACAAAUAUCUCUGUCACAGGAACAUUCACAAACGACAACAAUGCUGAACAUGUCAACUUCUAUUACGUCCUCGACAAUAGUGAUCGACAUGAAAUUGAAAAUGUUAUAAUCACAAAUGAACAUGAUUUUGCAUUUUCUAUUGCAGCAUCGGAAUACUUUGCUCAAUACAAUAUAGACAGUAAUCACACGAUUUUCAUUUGGAUUGAAGAUAGCUUCGGCAAAUUAUCAUCAAACUACAGUAAAACAUUUGAAUUUGUUUUCAAUACACCAAUUAUUUCUGUUUCAACACAAAAUAGUAUUACAUUCUACAGAACUACAAACAAAUCAAUAAAUAUCAUCGGCACAAUUCAAGAUUCAGACUGUACAGGUAGCAUCUCAAUUUUUUACAAAUUUGAUGAAGAUUUAUAUCCAGAAUUACCUUCAGAAGAAAUGAGUUCAGAAUGCAUUAUCCCUUUUUCUAAACAAAUUGAAUUUCCAUCAACAUUAUCUGAAUCUCUUCACAAGAUCACAAUUUAUUGUUGUGAUGAGCGUAACAAGAAAUCAAACGAAGAACACGUUACUCUAUAUUACGAAUACAAUCCACCAGAAAUAGUUGUGGACGAAUUCGAUAAUGGUAUAUAUCAUCGAGGUUUGAACAGUAGUAUUCAUCUUGAAGGUAAAGUUAUCGAUCUUGAUGGUUUUGGUAAUGUAACAAUCAACUUUUACAUUGACAACAACAUCAUUUAUAUUAAAUCUAUUGAAAUCUUAAAUGUUAAUGAGCAUCCAUUUACCAUUGAUUUAGAAUUCCCUUCAGAACUUAAUGAAUCAUUACAUUAUUUUAAAGUCAUUGCAGUUGAUGAAUCAAAUAAAUCAUCCAAUACUUUUCUAUCGACAUUUGAAUAUUAUUAUAAUUCACCAUCAAUAUCAUUAACAACGAGAGAUAAUCAAACACUCAUCAAAGAUGUCAAUAAAAAGUUUUAUAUUUAUGGUGUUGUUGAAGAUCUUGAUGAGAUUGGAACAUUAACAAUAAAGUACAAACUUGAUGAAGAUAUAUAUAAAGAUUUGGCAUCUUUUAGUAUUUAUGACAGUAAUUCUCGUCCGUUCUCAGAAUAUGUUCCUCUUGAUUCUGUUUCAUGUGGUCUUCAUUCAUUUGAUAUCUAUGUUGUUGAUGAUGACAACAAAUCAUCUUCACAUCAACCAUUAAUGUUUUUUCUAGUUCCCAACAGUAUAAAAGAUGACAAACAUAAUAACAUCUUUUCAAUUCCAAAAAACAUUUUUUCAUUAACAUUAACCUUAUGUAAAGCUUGUAAAUAA